UAACACAAUUCCCAUCUGCAUAUUGAAUCCUCCUUCAUAUGCAUGUGUGUGGCUCCUAUUUCCCCCUCACAUUCUCCACACCAAAAGCCUUAGACUAUGCUUAAAAAACUCUUCUCUUCACUUCACUUCCACCUAGCUCUGUUGCUAUGUUGAAUGAUCAGAGACUAAUUACAAGCACCAGCCAUGAAGAAGACGAUCAGGAUCAAGAGGAACAAAUCCGGGACAUCCACGCCCUGACCCCACCUCACCCACCACCGGUGAAUCGUGGCCGUCGAAGAGAAGUUUGGGAAACAAGCAGCCACAGAUCAUCUUCCAUGUCCAUGGCUAGUAUUGAAGGUGCAUCAACCGAAAACUUCACAAGCAUGAGCAGGGAGUUCAGUGCCUUGGUGCUUGCCGGGUCGGGUAUAGAUAAUAAUACCAAUUCUAAUGAAGGCACAAGCAGCAACGGAAACAACCUGGCCAGGAUUGGAGAAGGUCACGAGAUGCCGGAGGAGGAGUUGAUCAACCCAUUGGCUAUUGUCCCGGAUAAUAAUUACCCGUUCGACCCGGUUCCAUCUCCUCGACCCGGGGCUCCGGCGGCUGCGACAAGUGGUGGCAGUGAGAUUUCGGUGCAAAGGGUGAAGAAAGAGGAGGUGGAGUCGAAGAUAUCGGCGUGGCAGAACGCGAAGAUUGCGAAGAUCAACAAUCGGUUUAAGAGGGAGGACGCGAUCAUCAACGGCUGGGAGAGCGAGCAGGUUCAGAAAGCAACAUCGUGGAUGAAGAAAGUUGAGAGGAAACUAGAGGAGAAAAGAGCAAGAGCUAUGGAGAAGAUGCAGAAUGAUGUGGCGAAAGCACGCAGAAAAGCAGAAGAGAGAAGGGCAUCGGCUGAGGGUAGGAGAGGAACAAAGGUGGCCGGAGUUCUCGACGUAGCCAACUUGAUGAGAGCUGUUGGAAGGCCUCCUGUAAAACGCUCCUUCUUCAGCUGAGCCCUUUAAAUCCGAAAAAAAAGAAAAAGAAAAAGGAAAUUUAUAUGCACAAUAGCUGCCCCAAAAUUAAUUAGGGCCCUUUACCUUUUGAACCACAGGGUACCCUAUAUGAGAAGGGGCAGUUAUUGUGCCCCCCCAAAAAUGUAAAGAAGUAUAAUUUGAUUUUGGGUGUUUUCCUUUUUGAGUGUUUGAAGUGUGCUAGAAUUUUUGAGAGGGGCUUGUUAGUGAUGGUGGUGAACAAACUUUCUGGGUCUUGUACAGUAAUUUUGCUUUCUUUUUCAUGGCAGCUAUAGGGAGUUGGUGCUUAAUUAAUUGCCAUAUGCUUUGUCUAAACUCCAUUUUGCAUUUAUCUGCUAUUGAUUGAAUGGUAUUUUGAUCCAUAUUUGUGCA